AGCGGAGUCAUGCAAUUCGAAUCAAGUGUGAUUCCACGAGCAUGUCUUUUUUCAAAUUUAGGCUGGAUGAUUCUCCUGAGCGUUCCACCCUAGCCCCAAUAACUGCUGCUGUGCCCCGAACGUCACCAGGGUGGCAAGAUAGCCCUGUGCCGCUGAGGCCGCCUGCAGAAUCUGUCUUCCGGGAGCCAUCCGUCGAGGCAGCACGUAGUACAACACAUUCAGCAACCCAUGCAGGUAACAAUGUGGAAUUUUGUGUUCCUGGAACUGGCCCGAAAGCUCGUGACAGGAAAAGCAGUAUAGCACUUAAAAACCACCGAAAAAAAGCUGCCUGUACCGGAUGUCAAAUUUCCAAAACUCGUUGUGAAAAUGCCCUUGGUGGAUCAAAGGAUAAAUGCCGUCGGUGUUUGCGGCUGGGCAAGGAGUGCAUCGUUCACCCGUCAAUGCGACUACCAUCAAUCAAAGACUCUGCACAACAGUUUAAUAGCUUACCAACGACUAGAGAUAUGCCAUUGUCACAUGGGCUAUCAUCAUAUCACCUUAAGAAAAACGGCAAAGAAGGGCUAGUUAGUGUUAGUUCUGACUUGGAGGCACAGGUAUCUGCAUCUUUUUCGGAAGGGUUUAUCAAAGUCAAUCAAGGUCAACUUUCACGGCCAUUGCCAGAUGAUCAGAGAAUACAGCUUGACUCUAAGAUUAACUCUAUUCUCACUACGAGAACGGCUGAACAAGUCUUUGACCAGUACAUCAGCCACUUCGCCCCGAAAUACCCGAUUGUCGUGUUUCCGCCUGGGGCAACGGCUGCGAUCGUAAGAGAGAACAAGCCGUUGCUAUUCCUAUCAAUUCUCAGCAUUGCCUCUGUUGGAUACUGCACCGUGGCCAAGCAGAGAGAAUUGGCAAUUGAAGUAAAAAAUCAACUGGCAGACAGAGCGAUUGUUCGGGGUGAGAAGUCGCUCGAACUCGUUCAAGCGUUUCAGGUCACGUCGCUCUGGUACAGAGCACCAGAUGAAUACAGGCAGAUGAACCUAAGCCAGCUGGUUCAUAUCACAACCACCAUGGCCAUAGAUCUUGGGCUGGAUAAGAUCGAUGUGUCAAAGCCCGCUGCCACGGCCCAGGAAAGCCGGGGUCGCGUAGAGUUACAGAGAGCGUGGCUCGGCUGUUUUCUUCUAUCAGCAAGCUUCUCUUUAAUUCUGAGACGGCCUAAUCUUACUUUCUGGACCGCAAAGUUAGAUGACUACCUUGCCAACUUGCAACAGACCAAGGCGGAAGCUACAGACGAAUUCCUUUGCAAUCUUGUAGCAACAGAGCGUCUUUGUCAUGAUAUUAACCAAGAGCUGUUCUUAAGCGAUCCUGUCCGGUCACUAUCCAGGCAGGACCCAAAAACCCUGUUGAUCAUCCAAGGAUUCCAAGAUCGAAAUGACUCUCUCUCUCUCGUCCAGCUACAUUCACUGCAGAAAGCUAUCGUUCAAUUUGGCAGAUUUGCCAGCUCACUCUAUGCGCAUGAGCUGGCCUUGCACGUCAAUAAUAACAUCGACGAGUUUACGGCACCUUUCUUUGCGAAGUCUCUAAAGACAUGCAAAUUCGUCGAUUCAAACGCAUCUCACCGAUCCAUGCUUCGCAUUAUCGUGAUCGCGUCACGAGGACUUCUAGAUACCUUUCUCGGGUUAUCUGUAUCUGAUAUGCUCGCCUUACCGCCGCAUAUCUACGGAGGUCGUGUGAUAUACGCAGUCGUGAUUUUGAUGAAAAUCCACAAAACAAUCACGCAAUCAGGAAAGGAAACCAGCGAGUCCAUCCCUUUGGAAGAAUUACACCUAGAAGCGUAUCUUGAGCAACUUGUGGCCAUUUCGAAACUUCUUAUCGCGAAAGAUGAACGCAGCGCUUUGAGCAGGGCCUUCUUGAUCAUGCCUCAACUAAUGGGGUGGUUCUACCUUUAUUGGUCCAGAAGACCAUCAGGGGCAGAUGAAUCAGAGAUAACAGAAGAUCUUUUAACCAAAAACAGCAAGGGACAAGGGAGCUCUGCAUCCCAGGCACCGACAGGGACUUUCGGUGGUGAUGAUUGGUUCGCGGAGUUUUUCAACGUUGAGAUGCUUGGCUAGCGUGUCGCUUUUUAGAUAAGUGUAUUGUUUUAGUACUUUGACACGAGGCUCCUGUAUAAUUACAAUUCUAUCAUUUCUUGUUCCACAUUUAUGGGAUCUAUG